AUGGAGGUUAUGGAAGAUGGAAAUUUGAUGGAUAAGGUGAUAAUCCUUAUUCAGAGGGAUUUGGACUAUUACAAUGAAAAACAGGCUAUAUUGCAAGAAGUAAUCUGUCCAGCAGUUGUUGGAGGUCUGUUGGAUUUCCCGAGAUUUGUCUCAUUUGCCUCUAUGAAAUUAGUUUUGUGGUGGGAGGAAGAAUACGUUGCUGCUUAUAGAAAAAGUUCCGGAUUCAUCAGGAAAAUAAGCAGAAAUACCGAAGAUGAUUUGGAAACGAUAGGAGACUGCGAAGUGGUUGUCAAGGACUCUGAUCCAAAAAGAUUCGUCCAAGCCAUAAGCAACUCCGCGAAGAAUCUACUCGAUCAUUUGCAUGUUGUGACUCAAGAGGCUUUAGAUCACGCCGAUCUCACCGUUUUAACUGGAACAAUUGGAGCCGCAUCCUUGUUGAAGAAUUGUUUGUGGUUCUACAUACAGUCAACGGACAACACCACCAAAGACCUGACGGGAAUCCUUCAGGAAACGUUCAAGAAAUAUCAGGAGAUGGAGGAAGCUCUUGCUGAGCGUCUGCUGGAUCUUCACUGCAGACUGGUCACUCUUUACAUAUUGCAAGAUGCCGACUGUUUGGAUUGGGAGAAUACAAGCCCUUUUUUUGAGAUGGAGAGAGGAUCUUACGUGAUACAGAUGUGGUGGCUGUAUAUGAAAGGAACUAGGGAAGAUCUUUGGAACACAGUACCCCCAAAUAUGGCCAAAAGAGUUUUUGUUGGAAUUUUGAACGAAUCUCUCACGAUACUGACAGUACGAUAUGUACAAGCUACACCAUCUGAACACAGAACCAAGUUAUUAAUAGCCGAUCUGAGCAACUUAUUGCUUUGUGUAGCUCAGUUAUUGCCUAGCGUGUGUGACAGCGCUGAAGAAUACAUGGGAAUUUCUCUUAACAACAAGAGCAAAAUACUGAGAGACAUCCAUUCCAAAUGUCAGGAAUUACUGUAUUGUCUGAUACUCAAAGGAGCACCACUGGACAUUCUGAAGAGGCUUUUCAGAAAAGGCAUCGAAAAGAUCGAUUUGUUGAAAUGCAAAACUUCAGGACCGCUCCCGUGGAUCUGCUUCUCGCUACCUCAUUUAUUCAAGCAAAUUCCCAAGAACGUUCUUAAGCUUACGGAAUUUCCGGGAAAUGUAGAAAUAACACUUGAACUUAUGGUCUUAUUAGCACAACCGCAACCCCAUUGGAGCUUGCUACUCAAGGUAUUAGGUCUGAAAGAUUGUAGGCUGUUGAAAAUUCUCGUAGAAUUAUGUUCUUCUGAAUGUAAAGAAGAAAUGAAGGUCGGCAGUUCCAAAAAAGAAAUAUGUUCUGGAUUUUUAUGUAUAAGAGAUGGUCAGUGCGAGAAGGAAGCUUUAUCAUCAUCAUUCCAACUGUACAACCUCUUCAGAGCAACUACCGAUGUUAUUUUAACAAUAGGAAGUUCAAAAGAAAUCCUCAAGGUUUUUCUCGAACCGAUUUGUCAGAAAAACGAUUGGGCAAAGUGCCUCGAUAGAAGGAAUGUGUGGAAUCAAAUCAAACCUGCUUGGUUUCUUUCAAUUAUGGAUCUUGCCAGGCCUAUCUUACCGAAAACUAUCAAAACUACGAUUGACGCCAUUAAAACAGGUGCCAGCAUGUAUCAAGCCAUGGCUAUCAUCCUAGUUUGCUUCAGUUAUUUCUGGGAUUGCUUAGAUUCAACAUUAUUCAAAGUGACAAACAUGAUUCAAGAUGUGGUCCCUUCAGAUAUAACACCUUUGAGCAAUUCGGUGUUGCUCCAAACUCUAAUUUCAGCACUUUAUUCUGAAUUAGUACAAAUGUCACAAGAGAAAAAGCAUAUAAAAAUUGCUGGACAUCCUAAUGAAGAAACAGCAACCUUUGACGGGACAAACAGCAGUGAGAAUGAAAUAGCUCUAGCACUGGCUGAAGCAUUGUGCAGCAUCGAUGAAGAUAACAAACAUACAGAUCAAAUCGAUCAGUUCAUGGAAGAAGCUAAAAGCUCCGUUGAGAUGUCAGAAUUUGAAGAAAAAGGGUCAGCAAGAGUUGCUUGUACGCAAAUGUGUGACAACCUGGUUGGCAACAUGCUGACAAAUCAACACGGCAAGAAGAAUCUCAAGGUUUUAUACGAUUUCAUCAGAAGUAACUCGGAUUGGGUGUACCAACAACUGAGUACUGGAGGGCAGAAAUCAGGUCUGAAGCCAGAUAAAGUUAGUCCUCCAGCGGAAUCACUUCUGUUCACCAUGUUUCACAUUGGAGCGAAGCCCUUCGAUGAAGUUCUCAGUGGGAAUUGGAGGCCAGAUUGGAUGAGCUUGCUACAAACACCCAUGGGAUUAUGUACAGAGAAAAUGUCGACCCACAUAAACCGUAGAUGGGAGUUUCGCGAUAUAAAGUCAUCAUCGUUGACUGCUCAAGACAUCCAAGCUAUAAACAAUAUAUCUUCAUCCCUCAAGAGUGGUCAAUAGAAGAGUUAUGGCUCCAUCAAUAUGAAAAUAUGUAUUUCAUUUUAACGAA